UAAUACUAAAGCCAAAAUAUACUCAUCACCCAAAAAGCCCUAUCUCUCUCUCUGUAAUACUCAUAGUCUAAUACAGUGCAACCACGGCGCGAAGCAAACCCAGCCCCUCCGACCGACCGCCCGCCCAGUCAAUAGCCACCACCGGUCUCCAAGCACCAAGUUUCAAGUCACCUCCCAGUACCAACGGCAACCCAAAGUCCGCGCAGCUCUAACCAUCUCCAGUUCACUCAACCCAAAACUCUGAGGCGCUGAUCUUCUUUCUCUGGCAAGCUUCAAAAUCUAAGUUUCUCUCGGGUUUUGCUGGGGAAAAUUUCAGAAACGGGUAUCACAUUGUUUGAGUUGAAUGGGUCCUCGUUCAGCAAAGAGAAAGGGUGUCCGAUGUGAGAGUGCGGCUACUCAGGAAUGUAAUGACGACAACCCUGAUUUGAGGCUGCAGAGGCGAUUGAGGAGAAAAGGCAUAGAUGCUGAAAUUUUUAACUCAAACUCUCACAGCAACAUCCGAUUAGGGGGCGCAGAUAACCAGAAAUGUGGUGAAGCUGACUCUGAUUUGAGGUCUCAGAGGCGAUUAAAGAGAGAACGCUUAAGUAACCAACUCAACCCAAUAUCUAGCAGCAGGGCUUCAAAGGCAAUAAAAAAGAACGUAGCCGGAGAAAAAUUAGAGCUUUUGGAACCUGCGAGUUUUUCAAAUAUUAGAUGUAAGCAUGGUGAUUAUGAUUGUAAUGAUGUUGCUGCUCCUGCUGCUGAUGAGGAGGUGGAUGAUCCUGGGUAUAUUAUGUUCUUGAAAAAUUUGAGGAAAAAUGGAAAUUCAUAUUCAGUUGAGUUUGUUCAUGAAAAUGGUAUGACUGAACUAAUCAACUAUGAUGUAGAAGAAGACAAGCGUCCUAGUAUGAGAUUUGGCUCUGUGCGUAAUCAAGUUCAGCUUGUUGAUAAUCAAUUUGACCAUGAAGAUGAAUUAGAUGAAGAAUAUAACAAGUUGUUGGCUUCUUUUCUUCCCAUCACAAAUGACAAUUCGUAUAUAACACCUGACUCAAGGGACAAUGAAAAUGAUGGAGAAUAUUGCAGAUUUAUUGAUCCUCUUAGUGGUCGAACAAGUGGGCAUUCUAAUUUGAAACAUGGUUUUGAAGCUGAUUGCAAUCAGGGAGAUGAAUAUAAUGAGUAUCUCUCAUAUCUGGAUCGCUGUGUUCUAGCUGAUGAGAAUACAAUGCCUGAGAUCCAUGGACGCCCUAAGAAAUCUGACAAGGUUGUUCUAGAUGAUGAGACUACAAUGCCUGAGAUCCAUGAACGCUCUAAGAAAUCUGACAAGGUUGUUCUAGAUGAUGAGAAUACAAUGCCUGAGAUCCAUGAAAGCCCAAAGAAAUCUGACAAGGUUGAGGAGAUUCAGCUUCGGGGUCAAUGUGACCAGGAAGAUGAAUUUGAAAAUAUGUGCCCAGACUAUCUUGCGUUUCUGGAUUUCCUGGAAAAAGAAGGUGAAGAAACCAUGUUUAGCUUCAAUGAUAGUACAGAGAAACUUGAUCAGGAUGAGGAGGAGGAUUUGGAAAUAGUUACAUUGGACAAGGACCCUCACGUUGAGUCUACAAGAAUAAAUAUAGAUUUAGAGAACUUGAAUUUGGCUGAAGAUGGUAACAGAAGUCAAUCCCAAUCUCGGUUUAAGAAGGAGCUCAUGGAUAUAUUGAAAAGUCCUUAUGACCCACAACAGCAUAGAGUUCUUUGGCAUGAAGUAUCUUGUCGCAGACCCAAAGUUAAAGAAAUAAAUUUGCGGAGCCAAACAAAAUCAUGUCCAUUGGAAAACAGCUUUGGAAAAUCGUAUCUUGAUCAAUAUAAAGAUUUUGCUGAGCAGAUUGAACUAUUUAAAUAUGAUGAGCUUAAAUCUCUAAAUCUAUUACGAGGAUUCUUUCACUGGUUGAAGAAUUUAUCCCAUGAUGGAGUGUUAGCCCCUUGGAAGGAUCCAUCAUUUUUGGAAUGUUGGCACGAAAAUAACUGAUGACAUGUAAUUGAUCUAAUUUUUAGUGAUGAAUUAUGAAAGCAUGGUUAAAGAACAAAUUGAUCUAAUUUUGGCUAGUUUCAUUCUCACAUACUGUUCAGUAUUAACUUGUCUGUCUUCUGCUAAAAAAGUAAAUUUGUAUAAUUAUGUGGAGUUUAACUUGUGUGAAGUUUAACUUAUGAGAGAAGAACAUUGGAAAUGACAUUCUUCAAUGAUAGUAUUGAACUUAAAUUC